AGCAGAAACCUGGCGAGGCAUAGCGAAACCCGGUCCUUGUUCCUAUUACCUUUUCACUGCGCAACCUCCUUUCGUUCCCAUUCUCCAAUGGCUUCUUCGGCGCUUCAGAAGCUUCUUCGUAAACCACCUUCUUUCAGAUUCAUCACCUCCUUCAACCCUUCGCACCAAACCCUAAACCCAAACCCAAACCCCAUCCUCGCUCUCUCUCCUCACCCACCCUCUUCCACCGCUCCGCCAUCGCAUCGCUUCGAUUCCCCAACCCUAAUCUUCCCCUCUUUCCCCUUCGGCUUUUCCCCCACGCCCGUUUCCGAAAGCGCGUUUCGCAUUCGCUCCUCCCCCGAUGACGUGGAAGCUUCCGGAACCCUCUGGGCCGACAGCGUGAAGAAGAAGCGGAAGCGGAAGAUGAACAAGCACAAGUAUCAGAAGCUCAGGAAGCGCAUGAGGAGACAAAGUUGAGUUAGGUUAGCUUUCGAUUGUUUUAGUUGCGUUGGACUUGCUCAAUUAUUUGGUUUUUGUCAAACUGUAACGUUGUCUUUGUUUCUAGUAGUUUGUAGUGGAAGGAGGAAUUGGGGUGUUUCAAGUUAUAUGGCAAUUAAGUGGAGUCCAAUUGUUUUGGAUUUCUUUUUUUAUGGCUUUUGGUUAAUCUAAAUGUUGUUAUUGUGCUUUAUGUUAUACUUCUUAGUUUAGAAUGAAUAAUACAUGUGUUGACAAUACGAUCACAAACCUUCAUGCAUUAUUGUAAGGUUUAUUGACUUUUAUAAUAACUAUUUUAAAGAUCA